UUGCUUCAGCUUCUUGCAAUUUGGUAUCGAGAAAAAGAGGGGUACAAAGUUUAGAAGAGAUAGUGAGAGUAUUUAAUUUGCUUCUAUACAUCAUAAUGGCCUCCUCUUCAGUUACUGUUUUCCUGAAAGAUGAGAAGCUCCGGCAGCUCGCCCAGCUAAUUCGCAACCACGAAGUUAACAACUUAUACCACAUAACUUUCCAAAACUUAGGGGACCAACUGGAAUACCUGAGGAUGAGCAACAAUAACAUGACAUCCGUUAACACACUCCUGGACAACUGCAAUGCGAUAGUGAUCAGGUACAAGGACGACGGUGUUCGCCGGCCCAUCGCCGAACAGAUUCUUGCCUAUACAGAGCACUGCCUCAACAACGCACUUCAGCUCAUCAGGAACUACACGCUGCGAAGGAGCUAUCUCGACAAAAUGACGGAUCACCAACUGCAACUCUUCCAAGCGCUGGAGGAGUUGGACACUUCGAGUGGAGAUGCUGUGCUUGAUUUCACCGAAUCCAUUCAGGAACACGACCGAUUGGUCAUGAGCUACAUGAGGUUGAAUCUCAACUCUCAUGCUUCAGCAGAAUUCUCAAGAUAUCUCAGGAACGUCGGCAUUGGCUUUGACGAACUAGUUCGAAGUUACCAAAGUAGGCUUGGGUAUACGGGACGGUUUGAGGACUUGGAAAUAGAGCAAAAGCUAGAGGUAUACGCCGCAAUAAUUGAGGCAUCGGGCCGGCUAAGUGUGUUAUUGCCUGAGCAGGGGAAGGGAGACGACACAGUACUGAAGGCUUCGUCGAUAACAUAUCGAGAGAAGAAACCUAAUUAUGGUUCGGCAGCCAUGUUCCUGAUAGAUGUGGGACAGAUAAUCUGGGACGUGUAUUCGUCGGACCACCCAAUCACGACGGCUACGAGAGAGGCCUUAGUUCUGGCAGCAGAAACAGGUGGAGCAGCUUUGGGAAAGCUUGUGGGAGUUGCUAUAGCGACUCAGUUAACUGGUCAAGCAGCUACUACGUUGUUCGUCACGGCCGUCGGACUAAUCGGAGGAUUUGUGGGAGGUUUUAUUCUUGGAGCCGUUGCUGGCUUCUUGUUCGAUCGGAUUUUCAGCUCCGGUGGGCAAGCCGUCCUUCCGACUGAUGGCUUUAUCGUCUAUGUUGCUACCAUGCCUAAUGGCCACGACUUGGCCAAACAAAUUGCCCAUAUUUAAGUUAAUAAUCAAUACCACCAGACAAGUAAGUAAAUAAAUAAAUCUGUUUUUAUAUAUAUACAAUGAUACGCUGGUGGUGAAAUAAAAAUAAAUAUUCAGUGAGAGGAAUAGAAAUUCCCAUGUAUCUUUAGUUGAGUGUGUAAUCCAAAGGCUAUAGUACUGCCUGAGCUUUUGGGAAAAAUAUUGUAAUAUCGUAUUCCAAAUAUAUAUUAAUUUUCAUCUCUACAAGUA